CCCGGCAAAAGUCAUUGACCUUACGAGGGGAGAAAGAGGAUGCUAAGCCGGCUGCAGGAACUCCGCAAGGAGGAGGAAACGCUGCUGCGUCUGAAGGCGGCCUUGCACGACCAACUGAACCGCCUCAAGGUUGAAGAACUGGCCCUCCAAUCCAUGAUAAGUUCUCGAAGAGGGACUGAAACACUGUCUUCUCGGCCUGCGCCUGAACAGUUGUGUGAUAUGUCGGUGCAUGUCGACAAUGAAGCAUCAAUCAAUCAAACCACACUGAAGCUGAGUACAAGGAGCCCUAUGGAGGAAGAAGAGGAGGAGGAGGAGGAGGAGGAGGAAGAAUCUGAUUCGUAAGGGGGACAAGAGCUUGGAUGAGGUGCACGUCUGAACAGAGACAAGCAUGGGAGAGGCCUGAAAGCAACAUGGCAUGCCGCUGGGCAGAGGAGUUCCUCUUUGCUGCUUCCCAAAGGCUCAGAUGCUAGCGGCGUGGGUUGGUGUGCUGGGCUGGUUAAGCCCAAUGGUAGAGCAGAGCCACCCUGCGAAGUCCACCUCCUCAGCAUCAGAUCUCUUGAUGAAAGCAUGAACCUGGGUGCAGAAAACAGAGAAAGGAAAUGCUGUUAAAAACUACCAGGAGGAAAAAGCAAGAGUCUCAGCCUGGUCGGACCACUUGGAAGAUGCUUCUAGUGUUCACCCUUGAACAGCAAGUAGGCCAGCUGCAGCCCAAAGAUCCUCUGCCAUGACCAUGCAUAUAAGUUGUGCGGCCCUUGUCUCUGGGCAACCCUGACUUGUUAGAAGGUACACUACACUCAAGGCUACACCGGGCAUGGAGCAUGGACCUUAAAAUACCACAUCCCUGUGCCAAUGUCGUCAAACAAGAAUUAGAUGGAGAGCAACCCAGGACGCUGGAAAUGUGAGAUGAACCAGUCAGAACUAGGAAAAAAAAGUCCUGUCCUCAGGAAGGUUGUGGGCUGGCCCCUCCCUGACUCGCAUCCCAGGUCCCCCCUGUAACUCACAUGUGGCACUGUGCAGCCCCAACCCUGACUAAAGAAUGAGGGCUGGGGCAAGACGGACAAAUGGUCAAGUGAGAUGAAUAAACAGGCUCUGAGACUCACCAUGAGCUGCUUCAGGUCUGCUCUCUCUGCAGGGUUCUUUAUCAAGCUGAAAAGAAGGAAGAUUAAUGUGAGAGCACUGGUUUCCAGUCACUGCCCCUUACAUGAAGGCUGAGGAACUAGAGGCCUGAGCCUGGCUCUUCCUCCAUUCUAGGCACACCAUCCUGCCUGAGCACAUAAAGGAAGUCUUGCUGAAUUAAAUCAAGGUCAGGAAGCAACAGGAUGAUCCCUGCAGUUCAAGUAAGAGUAGCACGUGCCAGUGCUACAAGGGGUAUAACAGCAACCAGGGUCAGUGGACAGGGAAAGGGUAAGGCCAGGGUCUUGGGGAUGUAGUGCAAACUUACCAUUUAUUCACAAAAUCUUGGAAUUCCAGACUGAAUACUCCACUGGGCAAUUUUGGAGGAGGCUGCAAACAUAUCACCAUGUGAGACUCUUGACCGCUGUUCCAGUCACCUCCCCACCAUGCCUCUGGCCACUGCUACCCUCAUCGGUUCCAGGAAAGUGGCCUUAGGAAGUCCUGUUUGUCCUGGUUCACGUUGUUGGGACCACUUCAAGUAUUCUACCACUCUGGUGACUGAACAAACCAUGUUUCCCUUAGCCUGUUCAGUCUCCUAUGAAAUAAGGCUGUGCUAUCAGCUCUAGAACCCUGCGUUUAGACUCCGCUGCAGAGUAAGAAUAGUAGUGUAAGAGCGGGACUGGCCUGGAGGGUCAGCAGUAGUCACCAAUAGCAGAAGCCUCAGGAAUGCACAAACCAGGAAGUACCACUUCGGCCUGACUACUCCCAGAAACCACAAAACAAAACCGUUUUCUGAGCCCUGAAUAGUAACAGAAAGUUAAUAACACAUUAACUGGCAAGGCUGAGUAUGGAUGAAUACUGCCCACACGCUGUAGCAGUGUGGUCCCAGGUCCCUGGCACAGAUCCUGAGAGUAGCUUGAGGAAAUCUGCAGUUUACAUGACCUGUGCCAGCAAUGUAGCUUUCUUGGGAGGAGCAGUACUUGAGAUAGACCUAAGAUGUCCCUGCUCUAAUGAGACAUCAGCUAAAGCAUGCAGAAGGCAGAAGUAGGUAGAUCUCUUGAGUUCUAGGCCAGCCUAGUCUACAUAGUGAAUUCAAGUCAGAGAUAUGUAGUGAGACCCUGUUUUAAAAAACAAAGAGGAAGGAAGGAAGAAAAAAACCACUAAUUGGGUGGUACCUGCUUGCAGUCCCAUCAUUUUGGAAGGCUGAGGCAUUUGAGACUAGUCCAGGCUACAUGAUGAGAGCUUACCUAAAACAAACAGAACCAACCCUGGUUCUGCACGCGUGGCUCAGUUCAGUGGUAGAGAGCUUGCAUAGCAUGUAUGAGGCAGGUUUUGUCCUCAGCAUUACAAAAACAAAAUGCAAGUACCCUACUAAAAAGCCCAAUAAACCCUUACACCCUGAAGGCCUUGUCAAUUUGAGGUCAGCUCCCACCCAGAUUGUAGAACAGUGGGCCUGAGCAAGCUCCUCCCAGUAAAUUGUCCCUGCUGCUGAGGUGGUGAGGAAUAUUCAAGAGAAAACUACUGGUCUCCAGAGGCCAAAGCCUGCUCCUCCUAAGAAAGGGCAGACAAGGAAGGGCUGAGUGCAAACAAAGACACUUGGGGUCAGGGAAUGGAAAGAGGUAGGUGACAGAAAACGCUGGGGAAAAGACGUAGCUACUGCCCAUCCUGGAGCCUCAGUUUCCUUACCUAUAUGAAGAGGGCAAAGGCAGUUUGGCCCACCUCGGCUGGCUUGAAGAAGAGUGAGGAAAGCAGUGUACAGAGCUGCACAGGUGGUCCAGGCCUCCCUAACAGGCCGCCCACCUAGAGCCAUGCAGGCUUCAAUAGACAGAGGACAGAUGGCCCACCCAGCACUGAUGAGCCUCUCAAGCCGGCACUGUUCUGCCUUGCCCUGUGCUGCUUGGCACACUGAUCUACACACAUUAGAGAAGUAAAGUAGGUUUCCUGGUGAGCAGGAAAAGAUAAAUGUAGGAUAUUCCCUGUAGAGUUUGUGAGAGUGGACCUUUUGUGCCUUUAAGGGUCUGUUUUCAGAGAAGGACAGAGGAUAUCCUAUGAUUUAUUGAGGCAGUAAAAGAAAGGUGACAACUGUGUCUGCGCCCAGUGCUGCCUGUGAAAGGUAACAGCACUCAUCCCUUCUCAUCAACUGCCAAGGCUGCUCCUUCUGCAAGACAGAGUACUGGUCCACCCGGCUUCCUCACAUCCAUGUGCUGCCCCAGGCUAUCUGGAGCAAACCUUGGGGCAAGUCUCCUCCAUCAUUUCACAACAGGUAUGGCUCUUUAUAUUAAAGUCAACCAAGAGUAAUAAUAAAGAGUUUGAUUUUUAAUCGCCUUUUUAGUAGGCACAUUAAACUUUUUUCUCUUCUUUUAGAGAGAGUGUCUCAUUCUAUAGUGCAGGCUAGCCCAGAAGUCAUGAUAUUCUCCCUUGGCCUCCCAUGUGCUAGGAUUACAGGAUUGAGCCACUUCAACCCAAAGUAAUUUGCUUAUUCACAGAAUUGAUAAUGGAUGUUCCACAUCUCUUUCUAUAGUCACCGCAUUUUUUUAAAAUUUAUCUAUUAUACAUAUACCUGCCAGAAGAGGGUGCCAGAUCUCAUUACAGAUGGUUGUGAGCCACCAUGUGGUUGCUGGGAAUUAAACUCAGGACCUCUAGAAGAGCAGACAGUGCUCUUAACCUCUGAGCCAUCUCUCCAACCCUAGUCACAGCUUUUUAAACAGCACGUUAUAAGAAACAGCUGGAUGGUGGUGGUACACGUCUUUAAUCCCAGCACUCAGAAGGCAGAAGCGGGUGGAUGGCUGAGAACUGAAGGCCAGCCUGUUCUACAGGGCCAGUUCUAGAACAGCCAAGAAAUAUAUACAGAGGUCACAGGCAUGCUGACUAAGUCAGCCAUGGUUUUUUCUUCCACCUACACUUCUGAGACAGGGAUCUUACUAUGUAGUCCAGUUCUGCCCCGGGCUUAAAACUCUCCUGUCUCAAUCUGAGUACUGGGAUCACAGGUAUAUACCAACACACUCAUAACUGCUAUUUUAUUUUUUCCCUUUCCAAGUUUUUGUUUUUGCAUUUUAUGUGUGUAUUUUGUCCAUAUGUAUGUCUGUGUAUUACAUGCAUGCAGUAUCCACAAAGGAGGGUGUCAGAUCCCUUGGAACUAGGGUUACAGAUGAUUAUGAGCUGUCAUGUGAGUGCUGGGAAUUGAACCCAGAUCCUCUGCAAGAACAACCACUGUGCUUACCCACCGAGCCAUCUCGCCAGCUCAUAACUUUUUUUUUUUUUAAAGCUUUAUGUAUGAGUGCCCUAGCUCUAUGUACAACUUUAUGCCAGAAGAGGGCAUCAGAUCCCAGGAUAGAUGGUUGUGAGCCACCAUGUGGUUCCUGGGAAUUAAACUUAGGACCUCUGGUAUUCUUAACUACUAAACCAUCUCUCCAGCCCUCAUAACUACUUUCCUAAGUAGAAUAACUUACGUCAAGGAAACCUGGCAGCACUUACCUCAUUGACUAUAUAAUCCAACAACUCAAAAAUUGCCAUGGGAGGUCGGCUGUCCAUUCCAUAUGCUGCAGAUUUAUAAAGAAGAAGUUAAAAAAAAUGUAGAUAUAGACAAGAAGCUACUUGCCAAUAUGAGUCAAGGGGUUGAGCACAGAUCAUUAAUAAAAAGCCACUUUAGUCAAGGCCUAAACAUGGAGAGAAUCCAGAAGGCUAGGCUAUGAGUCUGUGCUCAGGAACAUCCUAGAUGUGUGACCUCAAGCAAAUCAGUUGACCACCGAGUCAAAGAAUAGAUCUUUGGAAUGGGAAUCAAGUGACAAUUCAUCUUCCCAUCCUUCAUUUACAGAGCAGCCAAUGGCAUAACAAGUAAAUAAGUUCAGGGCUAUAUUUGGGCUUGGCUUAUGUGCAUUGUAUAAGUAGAGCCCACAGCUUCACAAGUGCUAGGCAAGCUCUGCCACUAAGCCAAACUCUCAGGCUUAGAAUUUGUUUUUAAUUCGCCCUGAGCAUGUAUUUCUUCCUUUCCUGCACAAAGAUCACAAGCAAUUGACCAUGAGGAACAUUUUGUUUGAAAUGUGCUCAACUGACAAUUUCCAGUUCUCUCAUCUUCCUUACAAUGCUUGAAAUGUCAAACUGUUUAAAAAGGACAGUUGGGCCAGGCGGUGGUGGCGCACGCCUUUAAUCCCAGCACUCGGGAGGCAGAGGCAGGCGGAUCUCUGUGAGUUAGAGGCCAUCCUGGUCUACAAGAGCUAGUUCCAGGACAGGCUCCAAAAGCUACUGAGAAACCCUGUCUUGAAAUCCGUCCCCCAAAAAUAAAUUAAUUAAUUAAAUAAAUAAAUAAAAAGGACAGUUGGAAAUGUUAUACAUGUUUGUUUUUUUAGGUGUUCAUUUAUUCGACUGACAAUUAAUUUUACAUGCUAUAUAAUAAAAUUUCCAGCCGGGCAGUGGUGGCACACACCUUUAAUCCCAGCACUUGGGAAGUAGAGGUAAGCAGAUCUCUGUGAAUUUGAGGCCAGUCUGGUCUACAAAGUAAGUUCCAGGACAGCCAGGGCUGUCCCACAGAGAAACCCUGUCCCGAGAUAGGUAGGUAGGUAGGUAGGUAGGUAGGUAGGUAGGUAGGUAGAUAGAUAGAUAGAUAGAUAGUCAGAUAGAUAGUCAGAUAGAUAGUCAGAUAGAUAGAAUGACCACAAUAUUAAAAACAAAAAGGAAAAAAAAACCAAGACAUGCCCUUCAAGCACUGAUGCCUCUCUCUUCCUGCACAUGUUUAGUCACUAGGUUAACAGGAUAAAGACCAGUUCUCCCUGGUCAGACAAGAACUCCAAACAGAAGUCACAUAAAAAUGAGAAGGCUGGCCAGGUACGGUGGCACAUGUAUUUAAUCCCAGCACUCAGGAGGCAAAAACGGGGCAAUUUCUGGGAGCAAAAGCUAGCCUGCUCUACAGAGAAAGUUUCAGGUCACUCAGAGUUACACUGUACCUCAAAAAAACUUCAAGCAAAAACAAAACACCAAAAUAAAUAACUAAACAAAAGCCUGAGAAAGUUGUAUGAGAAGGAUGUACAAGAGCCAGGCAUCUCAGUGUACAACACUCAGAAGCAUGUGCUGCUGCUAAGUUUAUGCUUUAGCAGUCAGAUUAGCCACUUCUUAUGGUCUGUGUGGUCUUGGCAAGGAAAGUGCUCUGUGCCUCAGUUUCUUCCCUGAAGCAGAGAUCAUCGCAGUGCUCAUGAACAUACUGCUUUUAAAAUUAGAACACAUUUGGCAGAUCUAUGGAGACAGGAAAUGAGCAGAUUAGUGGUUGCCAGGGGAUGGGCUGGUGGGAAGUAGGAGUAACUGGUAGUGGGGAAAGAUGAUCUGGGGGUGAUGGAAAUGUUCUAGAAAGAUUGUGCUGGUGGUGGCAGCUGCACAACAGAAGCACAUA